AUGCUAGACGCCGAUUUGCUGGAUUGUAUAAAUGGACUAUUGUCUUCUUUCACGGAGUCUCUAGAAGGAGUUCAGUUGGAUGCGAAAAAUAUAUUGCGCGGUGCAGUAGGUUUGAGCAACGUACAGCUUAGGCAGUCCGUCUUUUCCAACCUGGGUCUGCCCCUCAAGGCUAACUUCAAUGUCAUAAAAAAGUUGAGCAUUAAAAUUUCCAAACGCAGUAUAUGCAUAGACAUCGAAGAUCUGCUUAUCAUAUUCACACCGCUACCUGUAACGCAGUGGGAUAUUUGUUCAUACAACAAAUACUACAUAAAUAGACAGGAGUCUUUGCUGAAGUAUCUCGAAGAGAAGACUAAAAAACUGCUCACUAAUGGAUUAAACAAUUCAUUCUUCAGCAAAAUGAUGAGCAGGUUUUCGAAUUCACUUUUGGGUUUGCUAAAACUCAGAGUGGCUAAUGUGCACAUUAGGAUUGAGGAUGAUCACACAAAUCGUCCGGCAGUGGCUUUUGGUAUACAUGUGCCCCUAGUGGAGCUUUUACCCGGUGUGAAAAGUGAAGAUUUGCCUCCACUUGCCCAAUCAAUUAAUGACAUAAAAUCAAUCACGCAUUUACACCUCAAGUUAUCAAAUGUAGGUAUUUAUAUUGAUCCUAUUGAUAUCAACACUAUUAACGUUGACAAAUCACAAGCAAAUGCUGAUGAUAAACAUGUAUUUUCAAAAACACAGCUGAUGAUCAGCAAGUGUAUUGAGCAAUUGAAUCAAUUUACUCAACUCCAUGGAUUUGCUGUACAACCGGUAGAUGUGUCAAAAUAUGACAACAAACCUACCAUUUCUUCAUACUUAGAAUAUUUACCACAAUUUUCAUACGACAAACAAUUGGCUCACAACAAUAAUUCCAGCCAAGUAACUACAGAUGUCGAUAGUGAUUCUGGGGUCGGAAUCGAACCCAAUCCCUUAGGUGGGUUGAACUCGAGCGAUUUCAUUGCCCUUAAAUUAUUAGAUUCCGAUUAUUUAUCAAACGCAGAUAUUGAUGCGGAUAAUAUAUCCAUUAUUAGCAAAAAUGAGCAAAUUGAUGGAAAUAAAAAUUCUGAAUCAAGCCAUUAUGGUGAUACAAAUAGUGAUUUUGAUAAUGAUAGCGAGAUUGAUGGCGCAGAGAAGCAGAUAGGAUGUGGCCAACCAAUAGAGUAUACUAUAAAAGAGUUUUUUGAUGAUUCAAAACCAGUCGCCCGCAUUGAAUCAGAGAAAAACUACUUUUCCUACGGCAAUAUUUGGCAUGUGGAUAUGAAAAGAGAGAACGAUGUGAUAAAAAAUAUGGAGGAUGAGGGGGAAGACGGGGUUUGGCGGCUCAAAAAGACUCCUAAAUCCAAUGAUAAAUUUGAAGAAUUCAUGGACAAGAUAUCGAACGAUAAACACCGCUUUUUGAAUGACCCAUUGUAUACUGACUUAUACUUGGAUAUAUACAUCAACCCUAGUCCAACUUCCCAUCUAGAUAAAUCAAUUAUUCCGUUAUUUGGGCGUAAAAGUGAAGAUGAUAACAUAAACACUUGCUUCACCAAGAGUUUGAUACCCAUUACUCCGGGAUUACCCGGCUGCAUCAUAUGCAUACGUGCGUCAAGUGUAGUACUAGUAAUCAACAAGUCUGAAUUAUUCCAGUUGUUAAAUUUUAUGCUAUUCCUGGUUAACUAUGUAAAUUGGACCGCUGACUCUGAGAAACAGGUAGUGGCACCCACCGAUGGCACGGCAAAUACAUAUAAGCAAAAGUGGGUUUAUACAAUAGUCAAUGCUAAAAAAAAGAAAUAUAUGAAUGAAGUUGAGCAAUCAACAGCUUGGUGUCGAGAAUUUGAGACAAAAUAUCCAGCAGAUUUGGUAAAUGUGUUGCGCUACAACGCCGCAUAUGAGGCAAUAUAUGGCGAAAAACUCUCCACGACAUUCGAGUCUUUCUUCAAAAACUGGGUAAUUUCAACCUUCAGGACAAAUUUCGCCAUUGAUGUGCUUAUUCGUAAUAUUUGCAUUUAUUUUGGCCGACGUAGGGCGUUCGUAGUUACUACCAAACAGAUGCAUUUGUAUAAAACCACAUCCAACGAGUUUGUUCACUUUUGCACUGAAUUGGAGAUUGAAAAGUUGUUUGCAUAUGAGAAGGUUGUUGGAAACUCUACAUUAGAGCGGAUAUUAUCUGUUGAAGGCGACAAUAGCGGGAUCUAUUUUGGUAUGGAUUGCUGCCUGGCCUUUACCAGUAUUGACGAUUGUGCCUUGGUAAAUGGCGAAUUUACUAGACUAAAAGGUGGAAACAGUGGCGUUUCAAACUUUAUUACCUUCAAAAAUGACUCACCAAUCACAAUACGUAUACCUAACAAGAAGUCUCUCAAGCUUUUGAGCUAUAAACAGACAAAAAAACUCCCAUAUCCAUUCGUCCCAUUUGAUACUUCCUUUGAAUUGCGUCUUGUCAAUAAUUCACCGAUAACGGCAUCACUGACCCUGCCUAAUAACGAAACAAUAAGUCUUUGUAUUGAUGGGGGAGUGAUAGAUACAAUAGCACUUACUCUGAAAUACAAAGUCUUGAAGAUGUUUGUUGACAACUAUGUGGUGUUUAACAACAAUUUGCCAAUUGAAUGUGUUAUAAAAAGUGCGGAUGAUGGCGAUGAUGCUGUGUUGUUGAGUUUUGGAAGGAUCUUCAUCAAAUUUACCCAUUUUCAAUUGAAGCAAAUAAAAAUGGCAUUGGAUUUCUUUACUUCAGGUAGUAGUAGUAGGUCGAAUGAUAAUAAAAUAUCAGCGGAAUCUGUGGCUGAUGGUCUAAAUGGAAGGGAUUUUAUGACCAAUAAAUCGUUUAGCCGAUUGAAGAGGGUUCGAAACUCAAAGAUUGUACUCGACCACCUACUAGUAGCCAUGAAAGGUUACAUUUCCCUUUCCCUUACGGGCAUAUACCUCAAUCUGUGCCACGCAAUCGAGAGUGUCAAACAGACUUACGAAGUUGCGACCGGGGGAUUGAGCGAUUGCGAUCAUAAAAUCACAAUUGCAGGGGCGCCCGAUGACCACUCAAUUAAUUCCAGUGAUAGUGCCGAUUAUAACCAAACUAAUUGCGGGAUUGCUGAAGACUGUUUACCUGAAGGUUCACAAAAUUGCGGUUCAGUUACUGUAAAUGGUGGGGUAUGUUUUGUUGAGGUUAGGGAUUUGAGUGACGAGCUUCCCCUGCACAUGAGACAGAUCUAUUCAGGAGGCGAUGAAGUCGCCAGCUUUUUUUGGCUUCAAAUGUGCGGCCGAUUUCCAGCCAAACAGCAUAUAACAUUUGUAUUCGAUGGUAAAAACAUUGAAAUCACAAUAUCGCCUAUAUGUGUGGUACUGCAGAGUAGAAUAUUCCAUCUAUUUGCUGUCACUGACACUAAAGCAUCUGCGUGUGUUACAAAAGGGCCAGUGGUUGAAAAAUGGGAGGAAAAUACUCUUCCUUCAACACAAUAUCUGGUGCAGCCAGUCAAUAUACACAUGACAUUUGAGGCAAUAGACAUAUAUUUGCCAAUAUGUGAUAGCGAAUUUGUUAGACUAUCUCGAAAAAACCAUUGGAAUAAAAUAAAGCACAUGCUUUUAACCAAGUCAGCAUUAAACAGCUCACAUAAGUCAAAAUACAGUGGGUUGGUUCCAAAAAGAAAUGAUUACAAUGGACUAGAUGAUGGUACAUUUACUAGUGUUAACAAUGUGGUAAGUAUUGGAAACCUAAGCGAAUUAGGAACAGUGCAUGAGUGUGUAUGGUGGCCAAGUGAAAUAUUGCACUUUUCAACCAAAAUAUCAAUGAAUGUCAAUCUAAAUGCUCCAAUACGUGCCACAAUAUCAGUUAGCAAUCUUUAUAUUUCGCUCAUGAAAAAUAUAAAGACUAGAAAGUUGUAUGAUGAGACGCCAAACUACAUACUAUAUCCCAUUAGAAUGGAUUUCAGAUUAUCUGCUUUACCCAAUCCCCGAAUGGCGGUGGCGUUUUUGGCUAUAGAUCCUGUGACUAUUUCAUUACAUCAUCUUGCGGUAAAUUCGCUACUACAAUUUACCAAUAUUUUAAGCGCUCCGAUUAAAUGCAACGCUCAAAAUACGGAUUUUAUGUACGGUAAUGCCAGUGGGGACGGCAUUAUUGCUUUGGGCGAUGAACUAGAUGGGAUGAUACACAAAAUAGUAAUCAAAACGAAUGAAAACUCCAAUCUAAAUGAAGCUCAAAUGGCCAAUAGAAAUGGCAUGUUUUCAUUUUAUUUGUCAUUGUUUAUUGAAAUGCCAUUAAUUGAGCUGUUUUACCAUCACGGCCAAGCGACAUUCAAUCUUACGGUGGAAGAGUUGAAGGCAUGCUCAUUAAUUAAACCAAAACUUAGAAUUACAUGUGCAGAGGAAGAUCCAGCGCAUGUAAUCGACAACUUGCCAAAAAUCAAGUUAUUGAUGUACAAAAAGAUGUUAGGAUACUUCGACCAACUGCACAACAGGGAAGUGGCAGAGUUUAAGAACGCCUUCAGAUACGGUACCCCAAAUUCUUUAUUAUCAAUUGAACUGUCGGCUAUCAUAUCAGUGGAAGUGACUUGCGACGACUUCUCAGAAGUGCUUUUGGAGCCUUUAAAAAUUGUUUCACGAUCAAUAUGGCCAAAAUACAAUUCUCCAAUAAUUGCCACUUUGGCUACAUCUUGGAUGAACGUGAAUGUGGACGCCAAGCUCAUACCAAUUCUAAACGAUUUAAUCAAGGGUGAAGAUUGCCACGAGCCAAAUUCUAUCUCCAACAGUGCUAGAGUCCAUCACACGGAUAAUAUUCCCAGCUUGCGAAUAACUAAUCUGCUGGGCUGUGACAUAAUGAUUGGGGACGUGAGCCUAUCUAAUCACGGAACAAUGCCACUAUACACCAAUGAUUGUAAAUUACCCAAAUUUACACUGAAAAUUGACGGGUUUGAGGCAAUUCAGUCGUCGAUUUUUCUACCUAAAAAUCUCAACUCUAUAAAUAUAAUAUCCGUAAAGGGGGUACAUUUGAUGGCCAAAAUGGAGAGUACGAAUAAAAAUAUCACAACAAACGGCAAAGUCAUCAUCUCUUCCUGCCUACAAGUUGUUGCACCAAAACUUCCAGCUAUUGACUGUCAACUAUUCUUACACUCGUUCGACAAUCAUCCCAAUCAUGGAGAUGUAGCUGAUUCUGCAGCACAAAAGAUUCUACUAGAAGGCACUGUAAACGUACCUCUAAGCUGGCUAAAUUAUGACAUUUACAUUUCUGAUGGCACAAAAUCCAUACUAUUGCUUACGCACAACAGGCUUGAGAUGAUGAUGCUUAAGGGAGAUGAUCUGGACGAAAGCAAAAGGUCAUUACGAUUUGGCGGAUACACAUUUCGCCCCUGUUACACAUUCAGCACUUGCGAGGGGCUGAAGCACCAUGCUUUAGAAAUAUCAAUUGGGAAUUGUUUGACCGUGAAGAAUCUUUUAUGCUAUAAUUUGAAGGUUUCACAGGAUCAAUCACUUCAAAUAAUUCCAGUGGGCGGGGGUAUGGAUUUAUACAACUUUGGCAACUACCGACUAAGUUACAAUGACUUCACUUCUGGCGAGGUCAAGUUUGAUUGUGUCAAUAAGAGGCAUAUCAAUUUUCACAACGGUGCGGAGAAGAUUCAGUUGCUCGCAUGCCCUGGCUAUGAGACUCCUUACAAUUAUGUCAAGGGGCGUAUAAGAUCUAGAGUGGUUCCAGGGCACAUAAUAGUGAAGAUUGCAGCGUUUGCCUGGGCUGUAAAUUGGCUUAAUUACCCCAUUGUUUUAAGAUCACGAUUUAACCACACUGUAGUGAAACCCAAGUCUAUUUGCACGAUAACAGACGAAAUGAGGAAUUCGUAUGUUACUGUGCAAAUAGGCAUUGGAGACAUCAGAAGGAUUGAAAAUAUAGAUCGUUAUCCAAAGAACCUGUCCAAAUUUGACAAUUUCUUCAAUAGUUUCAAGUCUACAGCUCUGGCAGAAUGUGAGCGCUUUUCUAUUGAACCGGAGGAGUUUGUACUAACGGCCAAGGCAACUCAUUAUAACCCCAAACUUUCAUACGCCUGUUCUAUAAGAUACGCGCCAUUUCCGUACAAUCAUACUAUGAUAUUGCAAAUACUGCCCAGAUAUACUGUCCAUUCACAAAUUGAUUGUCCAAUCAUAAUUUCUCAGCGCAAUUUUGAUUGCACAAAUUGCGGGGGAUGUGAUGCUUGCAAACCAGAUGCAAGCGAUUUGGUUAUUAACCCAGGAGAUAGAGUUGAGAUUCAUCCAUACCAGAAGUGGCAGAGCAACUUUGGUUCAUUUUUCGAAAACCUGCACAAGAAGCUUUCGCUAGAUGAGGGGGUUAAUGUCAGGCUAUCAUUGGGAGCUGGUUAUUCACCCAAAAUUAACAUUUCCAAUUUCUUUAGGAUCCAACUUACACUAGACACAAACGAAACAGAUGAUACUGCUGAGAGCGAUGUGAAUGAAAAGAAAAUGCGAGAUGAGCGUUGUAAGAACAGUGACACAGUGCAAUCGAUUAAGACAAUCCAGAUGCAAAUAUCCAGCCUAAAUAGCUACAAAAAUGACAAAGUCUCUACAAACAUAAACUAUGUGAACUUUGACUUAUUUCAAGACAUUUCUGAGUGUAGGUUAAUUGAGUUUUUGCCUACUAAAGUACCCAUGUGGACAAUUGUUAAUUUGUCAAGAUUUGAAUUGCUUGCAGCGCAAUAUCGCAUUGAAAAGUGGAUUAUUUUACCACCAAACCAAUCUUUAUGUGAAAAUACUUGCAAUGAACAAUUUGAAAAUGACUCUAAACCCAGCAAUUUUGAUCAUGCCGCGGUAGAGAAGUAUAAAAAUGUCGUGGAAUUCAGUUGGUUCGAUCCGCUGGGCAGCAAGAAACUGCAGCUGCGUAUUAGUGGUACUAAUAAAAAAAUAACAUUAGACCUAAAAAACAGGGCGGUUGGUCGUUUUUCCAAGGCGAUAAUCGUUAAAAAAUCAGAACUCAAAAGGGCAUGUGUUAAUUGCAGCCAUUUGACGAAUGCUGUUGGCAGCAAGAUGAAGAUAAUUUUGAGCAUUGAUAUGCGAUUGGUUAAUGGUAGACGAUGCGCUUUUAUAGAUGCAAAUGCCAGCGAGGAUGAUGUUGAGGUUAAGCAGAAGAACUUGGACUUGAUGAUAGGCAGCUGUAUUCUUACAUUACCCUUUCAAUUCCACGCACAGGUGUUAGGCGCUGGAUUUAGUUAUAGCAUUGAAGGGUCAGAGAUUUUGUACAUGUCAACCACAAUGGCCAAAGUUUCUGUUCUAAGAAACCUGAAGAAGCGCAACAUGUGGACUAUAAGAGCGUCCCUUGGUUGGUUUCAAGUAGAUAUACAUGAUCAAUCGGCCGCUUUUAAGACCUUAAUUGUGCCGUUGCCGGAUUUCUACCGGAUGCAAUCUAGUACCAAUUUGAAUACUGUUAACACUAGUGUGGUUUUUUUCGAGACUGUCUUCGUCGACCCUAGUGGAGGCAAAUUUUUACAGGUGAACAACAUAAAAUUUCUCGCUUUACCAUUUGUAAUCAACAUAGACGCUAGAUUUAUCCGAUUGUUAUUUUUGCAAUUAUCAUCUAUCAGUUACACCAAUGUUGGCAGCGGUUCCGUAUGUGGGACACCACGAAAUUUGGCAGAUAUGAAUUCUAUUCAAGGCGUGAUGUCUCAGGUUAAGCCAGCCGAUGGUGCGAAAAACGUCGGCCGUAUAGUCUUUAUUGAAAAUAUAGAAUUUGGCAGACUAAUCUUUAUCGUUAAUACCAAGGGAUGUGACGGGUCUCUUGUGGGCAGCAUUAAAGUUUGCAGUGGAGGCUUAGGCGAUUGGAUCAUAGAUCAAUUACUAAGGACUAUGGAGAGUAUGCUGUACAUAUCAGACGCAACAAUUGAAUUUUCUCCACUCAAAUUGAGAAAUGUAUCAGGGGCAUUUGGGAGUUUAUUAACAAUGAUAUCCAACCGUUACACUUAUCGCGGGAUACGUCAGUUCUAUAAUGUAUUGGGGGCGAUUGAUCUGAUUGGUAACCCUAAAAGCGUGUUGAGGCAUUUUUCCACGGGGGCGCUCAGAUGCGUUAGGAAAGUUAGAACUGCAUCUACUGUUUUACAUUUACCACAAAUAUGGAUUCCCAUAAUAUUGAGUGCAAUGUCCAACGUCAUACAGAGCUUUAUUGCAGGCGUUUUUGAUGCCAUCUACCGAUUCACAGCAUCUUGGGGGCAAUUGUUACAAUCACUCGCUGAUAAUUGGAUUACCUCCCCUAUACAGCCGUGCAAGUUGGCAUCCAACAAUACUUGGAUGGGGUUAAGGUGUGGUUUGGAAAAGGCCAUAAAAUGUUUCGGUGAGAGUAUGUGGAAUUUCAUAUUUAAGCCUAGUGAGGUUUACAAGCUCACCAGGGGUAAAACCCCCUAUAACCGUGUUAUUUUCAUGAUGAGAUCAUGCAUUUCAUCCCUGAAUUCAUUAGUAUUUGGCACUAUAUCAACAGUUCUAGCGCUGCCAAGUGAAUUAUCCAAGGGAAUAGUUAACCACGUGCAAUGGGUCCCAAAAGUUUGUUCCAUUAGACCAAAAAAGGUCAAUAGUGGCCAGUUCGACUUUGAGGAAAAUUGGUCUAGUAAUGUUGGUAGGAGUAUAGGCAAAAACGUUAAUUUUGCAAUAGAACUUGAAAUGCCAAAAUUACAUUCAGAUUCAGCCUAUCAUACAAUUUAUUGGAAAAAUCUAAGUCUAGAGAUUUACAAAAUGGCCAAACUAUGCUUUAACUGGUCCGAGGUGGACCACAUUAAUAAGCUGCUUUGGGUUGGCGAAGAUUCCGUUGGUAUAUAUUACUGCGGUAAAAUUUGGGAGGUAAAGGGGGAGGAUGUCUCCAAAAUCUCACUCAUUAAGGUGGCCCAGGGGGAUGAGAAAAAUUUCAGUGUCCAGAUUUUUUGCCCCAAAACAAUUUAUUCGGGAUGCGGCAAUAAAUUUUUUAUCCACAUACAAACUGAAAAUAGCAAUGUUUGCCGGGACGAGCAUCUGGGCAGAACGAUUUUAUUGACCCGGUAUAGCAUCAAGAGGGAUUCGGCCGAGAAACCAUUCAUACAGCCUGUGAAAAUUAAGGGUGUCCCGUUACAAUUGCUAGUAGCUUUGGCAGGAUCCAACUGUGCUAUCGUCAAACUCUCCAACGACAACGCCAUAGACAAUGCCAUGAGUGCGUUUUCGUUAAUCGCCAAUGCAUCAUCCGCUAUUAUAAAAUAA